GCUUCAUUGUUGUUUCCUUUGAGAAGUGGUAAAGUUUCACCUCUCGGUGGCAUCACAUCUUUGACCAAUUGAUUCAUUUUAACUUAGGCCGCUGUCGCUAAAGAAUGCAAAACUGAAUUAAUUGUUCGGGGAAGCUAUCUACAAGUUGAUUAUGUAAACCGCGUCAUAUGGAAAAGCCGUGUUUAACUGUUCUAUCGGUAUGUGACUAGCAAGGAUAAAGAAAGCAGCGAAGUGUGUAAUUUACUGGAAAUGGUUUGAUUUUCAUUGGAAACCAUAAAAAUCUUUAAUGGGUUUAGGAUGUGCAUAUGACGUUUGACGACUAUGAGAUAAGUGGAAAGUAAAAGCUGUUGUUUCUUGAAUAUUGAUUAUUGUUCAAAAGUGCAAAACAUUUGGGAUCACAAUUUUUCCAAAUAAACCGUAGUGUACGGAAAAGAUACAAAAAUAUAAAAUUAUUGUGACUGAAACGAAGAAAUGUGUUUCUCGAUUGUAUUAUGGAUAACAUUGCUGUAAAUACUCAAGUUACACACUCGGCUGUUUAAUCGAAGGCGCUUUACACUCAUAUCGUUUGCAUAUGGAAGAAAAUAGUGAACAGAUAACGCAUUACUAAACGGAUAAUGUCAAACUUUAGUGGAGUUUCAGUCAAUAUGACAGUGCCAUGAAAAAUCAUGACGAUGAACAUCUUCGGUUUCCUUAGUUGAAUGAAGUUUAAUCAGUAGAAAAUUAGUAGAAUGGAAUUCAUGGCAAUGAAACUGCGUAUUAUCAGAAGCAAAUUUUCCAACAUAUCACAAUUUGAUACCAAAGUGAAAUUUAUGAUAUACUUUUUGUUGGUACUCGAUGUAAGAGCUUUUGCGCUUAAAUGUGUGUGCAAUCCGGAUGAGUGCGACGUGAUCCGAUCAGAGGACUGCCCUGGAAAAGGAUACAUUGUAUGGGAUCCAUGCAGGUGCUGCAAGGUCUGUGCUCGCACAUUCGGAGAAGCGUGUGGUGGCCCUGGAGGCUUUUCCGGGACGUGUGAACCACCACUGAGUUGCGUGUCCAAAAUACCUGUCGGAGGAUCUGGCAUAUGCUUAGAUAUUCCAACGCACAACGAGACCGAUGUGGACCAUUUCAAAAAUUGUACUGAGACAAUCGUAGUGGAGUCAGGCUGCGAAAUUGUGAACCGCAAAUGCAAAUGCUGGAACAAAAUGCAACUUUGCAAAUCCAGAUCCAUCGUCAAGUGGGAUUUCAGGAAUAUGCAGGAAUGCCAACUGAACGUAGCCAAUUUAGUCAAAUCAGAAUUAGAGUUCGACGAGGACUAUACUGUUCCUACAAAGGCUAGUUAUGAAGCUUUCACAGUUAAAGGACAAAAGGAACCCCCUAAGAGAGAGCAAGAUGUAAAGACGUAGCGUGUCCUGCACCUGAAACAUGUCCCGACGAUAGCUAUUUGAAGCCUGUCACGAAGCAUUAUUCCAAUCAUUUUCACCACCAUCUCAAUAGUAAUGUUAAGGAUUCCACUCGAAGAAAGCGUGCUCUCGCUUAUGGGGGACGACAAAGAGAAACGAUAAAAAUAAUUCCUGGAGCUUAUGAUCAUCACCAUCGUAAACGUAGUAUUACUGAUGAUGAAAUGCUUCUUCUACACUGUUGUACACAAUACGAAUGCGUAUGCAAGCCCAAUUAUUGCGACCAGGAAUGUCCAGCAAACAAAAUACCUGCAAAUACAACCAAUCCCACCGAGCAAUUUGGAGUCCCUGGUAAAUGUUGCGUUCCCUGCAAGGAUAGCUAUUGCAUACAUGAUAGGAAGUAUCACAAGCAUGGCGAUUGGUGGCUUGCUGAUGAGUGUACCAACUGUAAAUGUGAAUACGGAAAAGUAAGUUGUCAGAUGUCAUCGUGUAAGACGCCAAAUUGUCUUAAAUACAAGCUAAUUCCCGGAGAAUGCUGUCCUGUUUGCGAUGAAGAUGGCAUGAACUUUUGUGCAGACGUCCAGUUCUGCAAUAUCCACUGUAAAUACGGUUAUCAACGACAGGGCAAUUGUGAUCUCUGCCAAUGCGCUAGACCACCAACGAACGAAUCAGUACACACAACAGUGGCAUAUCCUGAAGUCAAAUCAACUACCGUGAAUUCUACUGAUAGCAUUGAAGACAUUGAGGAUAUAGUUCGAAAAGGUCCACAUCAAAACAACUCAUACGAUGAAAUGUUAAAUCCAUUUUGGAUUUAUUUUAUGGCGUGUAUAUGUCCUCUGGUAUUCAUUGUAGGAGGAAUUAUUGUGUGGUACUAUCGUCAAAAUAACGCAAAGUACGACGCUGUACAAGUAUAGCAUAAUUGUUCCGACAUCGUCUUUGGAUUUACUGAGCACCGUAAAGAUAGCUGGUGAUGUAUUUAACUAUCAUUUGACAAACAUGUACACCGAACUUUUAACACUUUGAAUCAUUAUACUUUGUGUUGUUAUCCAAAUAGCUAUUGUUAACCAGAUAAUUCAUUAUUGAACCUUUUUAAACUUUUCAAAGUCUGAAUAGCAUGCAAAAGUCUUCCGUAAUUAACGAACUGUACGAGGCUCCGAAAUCUGACGGUGCACGUAUACUUAAAAUCUAUGAUUACGAAACCAUACCCACGAUUCAAAUAUAAAAAAGUUUAGUUUUGAAACGUUGUGAUAAAUUGUAUAUAAAUUUGUGUUCCAUGCUGUUACGACGGCUUUAUUUUACAAAUCGAAUUUUACCAAAUUUGAUAUACUAUAAAGCUGAGUUUAGGCACUUUAGGUUUAAAUUGUAGAGCAUUUUUCACCGGCGUAAACUAUUACAAUAACGUUGAAAUGUUAAUGUUAGACUGUUUCUAUGAAAAAUAUAAAUUAAAAUAAAAUUUAUUUAACGUAAAUGAUUUCCGAUGAACAAAUUUCGAACAAAUAGUAGCAUAUAUUGCUGUUGUUAUAAAAUUACGGCAGGUAGUUGUACGUCAUCGAUUUUUAAUUUACUUCUGUUUUAGUACUAUUAUUUUAUCCUCGAAGGAGUUGUAUAUGGAAAUUGAAAGUAUUAUUUAUUAUAUAUUAUUGUUGAAAAUUUUUCUUGUUCUUAAGGUUAGUUAUAUGAGAGAUCAAGACGGCUAAGCACGAUGAUGAUAUGGUGAUACAAAAUAUGAAAAAGAAAUAAAAAUGCUUCCAUAGAAUUCAAUAUUCCUCAGCAAAACAGAAUAAACCAGAACAAAAAUAAUCAUAAAAGCUAUUUUGAUUCCGUUUUUGAAAACCAAAUAUCUCAUCGUCACAACUUCUUUCUACAAUGUUUCAACAACAACUAAAAAAUGAAUCAAUAGUCUAUUGCAUCCGAAUACUAUUAUCUGUAAUAAUAGCUGAAUGUAAUUUUUAAUAUUAAGUGAGUGAUAAAUAAAUGAAAUAUCUCCUAUUCGCCUCGCUUACAUUAUAAAUCAAAAGACUUUUGAAUAAAACUGCAAAAAAUUACUGUGCAAACCUCUCAAAUAUGUAUCAUUAAAUCAAUUGUUCCAGCAACUAUUUUGUAGCAUCAAAUAUCAAAAGUAAACUUCCGAAGCUGUAAACGUUUAGAGUGUGUUUUAUUUCAAAACUCUUGCUACAAAUUUGGCAUUAAAUAAGAAGAUGGCAGCAUCUAAUAUCAGCUAUAAAUCAUAUCAUUGAAACGAUUUCCUUUUUAUAUCUGUGAAUGGCCACAAAGCAAAAAAUAAAUGAAAUGAGAAUCGUAGCUCGAAGUUCCAAUAUUGUUAUGGAACAAAAGUAAAUGUACACUCAACAUACAUUGUGGCUAUCAGUCAUGACAGGAUUUGAAAAGCACAUCAAUAUCAUGGAAAGUAAAAUUUGCGUUGUUAAUAAAAAAA